GCCAGAUAAACACUCAGCAUUGGUUUGCAGAGCAGGAGUAACAUGGCGGCACAGUUAGCCAGCAGAAAUGUUGUUUCACUACCGCGAAGGUCAGAGCUGCUUCUCUUAAACGGAAUUUAACAGCGAGGACACAGACCAAAGUAUUAAAUCCAGGGAGAAGUGGAUGAUGCUUAAAGGUUUCCUAGCAUUAUCGUCCUGCAGCAAUGGCCUGAGGGACUCUCUGGACUGAAACCAAGACGCUGAUAUGCAUUGAGGAUGAGUGGAGUUGGUGGAAACUCAUCUGACCCUGCCAGGGCAGAGUCACGAAAACGCAAAGAAUGUUCAGCCGAACUGUUAGGACCUAGUCCCAAGAGGAGCAAUGAGAAGCGCAACCGCGAGCACGAGAACAAAUACAUCGAAGAGCUCGCUGAGCUGAUCUUCGCCAACUUCAAUGACAUCGACAACUUCAAUGUCAAGCCUGAUAAAUGUGCAAUCCUGAAGGAAACUGUGAAACAGAUCAGACAAAUAAAGGAGCAAGAGAAGGCUGCAGCAGCAAAUGAGGAGGAGGUGCAGAAGGCUGAUGUCUCAUCAACAGGCCAAAGUGUGAUUGACAAAGAUGCCUUGGGACCAAUGAUGCUGGAGGCCCUGGAUGGCUUCUUCUUCGUGGUAAAUAUGGAAGGUAACAUCGUGUUCGUGUCAGAGAAUGUGACCCAGUACCUACGCUACAACCAGGAGGAGCUGAUGAACACCAGCGUCUACAGCGUGCUGCACGUCGGGGAUCAUGCCGAGUUCAUCAAAAACCUGCUGCCCAAAUCCCUCGUGAAUGGAGUCCCCUGGUCCAGCGAGGGUCCGAGGAGGAACAGUCAUACAUUCAACUGCCGAAUGCUGGUCAAUCCCCACAGCGACAGCCAGGACGAACAGCACGAGCACGAGCCUCAGCAGCAGAAAUAUGAGACCAUGCAAUGUUUUGCAGUUUCUGAACCCAAGUCCAUCAAGGAGGAAGGAGAUGACUUUCAGUCGUGCCUGAUCUGUGUGGCUCGCAGGGUACCCAUGAAAGAAAGACCCAUGCUUCCCACACAUGAGAGCUUCACCACACGCCAAGACCUGCAAGGUAAGAUAACAUCCCUGGAUACCAGUCUGCUACGGGCAUCCAUGAAGCCGGGCUGGGAGGACCUGGUGAGGCGCUGUAUCCAGCGGUUCCACCUGCAGAAUGAUGGGGAGAUGUCUUUUGCCAAGAGACACCAGCAGGAAGUGCUGCGUCAUGGACAGGCAUUCAGCCCCAUCUACCGUUUUUCCCUUUCUGACGGAACCAUCGUCUCAGCCCACACAAAAAGCAAACUGGUGCGCUCACCUGCCACUAAUGAACCUCAGCUCUACAUGUCCCUGCACAUUCUUCAGAGGGAACAGACAGUUUGUGGAAUGGGCCAGGACAUGGGUCCUGGCAGUCAGGCCACAGGGAUGGCUCCCAAACCAAUGAACUCCUCCACUCCCUCAAUGACACCUCCAACCCCAGGCAGUUUGCCUGGUUCAGGGCCUCAGGGCCAAGACACUACCAUCAGCAGCAACAGCACGCCUUUUUCCCCUCCUGGCCCAGCUGGACCCAGAGAACCAGCUGCCAUGGGGGGCCACAUGCAGGGCUAUCGUUUUGGCUGCCCCCCUCCACACAACCACACUGGGGGCAUGCAGCCACCGCAGCAGGGCCCUAACUGGAGGAUGAACAGCCCCUCCCGUGCCAGCCCCAGCCCUGCCGGGGGACCCCAUCCACCUCAGCAGAACUCAAUGCUGUCUCCCAGGCACCGUGGUAGUCCUGGGGGCGCAGGCAGCCCUCGUGUAGCAGGAGGCCUACACUCACCCUCCCCAGUGGGGAUGUGUGGUGGAGGGCCUGGAGGUGCAGGUAGCAGCAACAGUACCACCACCCACGCUAACAGCUACACAAGCAGUUCAUUGUCAGCUCUGCAGGCCCUUAGUGAGUGCCAUGGUGUAGGACAUGGACAUGGGACCCCUCAUGCUCACACACUGGGCUCUCCAGACCGGAAGAUAAGCUCCCCCGCUGGGGUCACGCCAGGGUCAGGAGGAAACACACAUCUAAUGUCAAAACUUGGAGGAGGCAGCGGUGCUGCUGCUGGUACAGGAGACUCAUUUGGCCAUCACACAGAAGUUGGCCCUGGGCACACCCAGGGCCAGACUGAGAGCAGUCUAGCUGAGCCAAAAGAGGAGAGAGAGGUACCGCCUGAGGGCCACGAUGCUCACAACCGUCUCCAUGACAACAAGGGUCACACCAAGCUACUGCAACUGCUCACCACCAAGCCCGAGCCUCUUGAGACACCUUUGUCCCCCAGCACGGGAGAAGGCAAGGACCAGGCCGGGGCAGGGGUCAGAGGGGCCCACACGGGUGGGAACACUCAUGCCACAUCCCUUAAGGAAAAACAUAAGAUACUCCACCAACUGCUUCAGAACAGUACAUCUCCUGUAGACCUGGCCAAACUCACCGCAGAGGCUACAGGGAAGGAGCUGGGUCAGGACCAAACCCAGGGUGGUGGCAGUACUGCAGCUGGAGCAGAAAUUGCUCCUAAGCAAGAGCCAUUGAGCCCAAAGAAAAAGGACAAUGCCCUGCUACGCUACCUACUGGAUAAGGAUGACACUGUACUGAAGGACAAGGUUCCUAAGCUGGAGCCUGGGGAGAUAAAGGUCGAAGGGAAACAUCCCCUUGUAAAGGCAGAGAAACAAGACGCAGGAUAUGACCGAGCUGAACAGUCGUCGGAGUUAGAUGACAUCUUGAACGACCUGCAGAAUGCUCAGCCGCAGAUCUUCGGUGAGCCGCGGCCGGUUUCAUUGCCCAGUCCCAUGGACAAACAGAACAUCAUCAAUGAUAUCCUGCAGAUGUCUGAGACUAACCCAGGUCUGGCAGCACAGCAGCAACACAGAGGCAUCGGAGCUGGCAUGGGCCCAACGAACUUUGCUGGUGUCAGACCUGGCCAACCAGGCAGAGGUCUGCCUGUGAGGAGUGUGUCCCUGGACAUGAACACGUCCCCCCAGCAGCCUUUAUUACAAUACCCUAUAAGAGCCACAAGCCCAUACACUCUUAUGCAGCAGCAGCAGCAGCAGCAACAAGGCAUGAUGGGAAGUCACAACAUGAUGCCUAACCAGGCUGGGAUGGUCAAUGCAGGGCUUAUGGGUGGCCCGCGUGCAGGUAUGCAACACCAGGAAGGCUGGGUCGGCUCAGCCUCUGCUCCUCCGCUUGGAGCAUCUGGUCCUGGGCCACAAGGAGCCAUACAGGGCAGACUGGGUCCCAACAAUGCUCCCAUGAGGCCCAACAGUCAGCCAGGACCCCGGCAAAUACUCCAGUCCCCAAUGAUGGCAAAUGCCCAGCCUGACAUGGACAUUGGUAUGGUUGGCCACCACUUCUCCCAGCAGCAGGCUCCACCAAACCAGACAGCCCCCUGGCCUGACAGCAUGAUGCCCAUCGAACAAACUGCUUUUGUAAACCAGAACAGGUCGGUACACUCGGCACCCCAGGAUGACCUGUUGUGUAGUUCGGGGAUCGGGUCAGGCGAUGGGAGUGCAGUAGACGAGGGCGCCCUGAUGUCCCAGUUGUACACUGCACUAAAAGACUUUGACGGCCUAGAGGAGCUUGAUCGCGCCCUUGGGAUCCCUGCUCUGAACCAGACACUGGAUCAGGAUCAGUUCUCUCAAGAUGCCUCCAUGAUGCUAGACCAGAAACCCCCCAUGUACACGCAGCAGUUUGGUCCCCCACCAUCUCACAUGGCCCAAAGGGGCUACCCCGGUGCCCCCAUGCAAGAGCCAGGCUUUCACCCCAUGCCUGGCCAAAUGGGUCCACGGCCAGGUUACCCAAUGAUGAGAAUGCAGGCCCGGCCCGGACUCAGGCCCACCGGGGUCGUCCCCAACCAGCCCAACACACUACGGCUGCAGCUCCAGCACCGGCUACAGUCCCAGCAGCAGAACCGUCAGCCAAUGAUGUCUCAGAUGAGUAGUGUGUCAAAUGUGAACCUACCUCUCAGAGCCAGUGCUCCAAACCAGGGGACCAUCAAUGCCCAGAUGUUGGCGCAGCGUCAGCGGGAGUUGCUCAGUAAUCACCUGAGACAGAGACAACAGCAGCAGCAGGUCCAACAGGCCCAGCAGGUUCAGCAGCAAAGGAGCAUGGCCAUGAGGGCCCAGGGGCUCAACCUGCCUCCCAACAUGGGCGCUGGAGGCAUGAGUAACCCCCGGAUCCCCCAGGCCAACCCCCAGCAGUUCCCCUACCCGCCCAGCUACGGUACCAGUACAGGCCUGGCCUCGCCACCUCCUUCUACCAGCCCCUUCUCCUCCCCUCUCUCCCCCAGCCUGCCCUCUCUCCCCCCCAAUCCCCAGCUCCACCUGCAUGGCACCUCCUCCUCUUCCUCCACCUCCUCCUCCUCACAGAUGUUGAUGGGAAACACAAACAUGAUGGGCGGACAGUACGGGGCCGUACUCAGCCCCCAAAUGCAGCACAGUGCCUUUCAGUUUCCCAACUCAGGUAUGAGCCAACAGGCAGAUGGAGGGUUUGGGGGUCCUGGCACACCACAGAGCCCCCUGCUUUCUCCACGCAUGACCCACACCCAGUCCCCAAUGAUGCAGCAGGGCCAAGGAAAUACUGCUUUUCAGGGCUCCCCUGACAUGAACGGUUGGCCGCAAGGAAACAUGGGAGGAAACAGUAUGUUCUCACAGCAGCAGGCGUCACCCCAGUUUACUCAACAAAACAACGGCAACAUGUACAAUGGCAAUGGCAUGAACCUCAACAAUGUCUCCAUGGCCACCAAUAUGGCAACCAGCAGCAUGGGCCAGAUGGCCGGACAGAUGAGCGUCACGUCCAUGGCCUCGGGGCCGUCACCCAGUUUGCCCUCCAUGGGACAGGAACAGAAGUACUGUUGACCCUCAUGGAGUUCUCAACCUGAACCUCAGUGAUCAGCUGGUGCAAGGAGCGUGUCGGCCCUUUAAAAAUUGUACAAAUACGACAUGUAACCACCCGAUGGCCCCUUGGACCGGCCGGGCCGUGCCCAGACCCAUCUCCCUGGACUUCCUCUCUCCCCUCCCCUCCCCCCCCUCCCCCUGAGUUUGCCGUCUGUCCCGGCCAGGCCCCUCUGGCGGCCCCAGCCGGAGGAGCCCGGUCCCGAACAGACAGGACAUGUGAAGAAGGCUGGGGGAAGGAUGGCGGAUCUCUGUCCAACAUGCCUCAUCCUCCUGGAGGAGAGCCUCAUGAUGAGCCAGUCUGUCUGCUUGUCCAGCUGCAUUCACCGUAGUGUGACUUACUGUAGGCCUCCCCUCCCAGUGGGGGACACUGACUUAAGGGGCAGCAGUGGGUGGGAUCCCUCGUUCUGAUGAAUGUAUUCCUCUCAGUGGACAGCGGCCAUUUACAAUCUCAUCUCAAAAAAUUACGUACACUGAUUUUUUUUUUUUUUUUUGUUUGACGUCAUACCUUUCUGACGCAUUUGUGACUUUUCCACAUAUUUCCAAAAUGGCAGCAAAGACUCCAAGUUAAGUUCAGAAUUACGGACGGAUCUCGAAACACUUAGCCGGUUUUGCCUUUUUGCUGUUCUUUAUUUUAAUAUUAUUAUUUUAGUUUUUUUUUUCUUGUGACAAUUAAAAUGUAGAAUGAAGAUAUGGUUGAAAAAACUGAUCUUGAAAAACACUGCAGAAGAAUGGUUGGAGUGGAAUGAUGAUUUGUAUGAUUAGAUUAAUUUAGUGAAGAGGUUUAUAUAGUGUAUUAAAUUAAGUUUUAUUUUUCUGUAUAGAUUCAUUUUAAUUAUUUUAGAUGAUUCUUUAUCCUAGUAGCAACGAGAAAAAAUAUUUGUAAAAGUGUGAAACAGGCACUUUUUUAUAAUUUUAACAGUAACAGUGGUUGUAUUCUUUCUGAGAAGAUUCUUCUAUUAACCUGAUUAAUGGAUUAUACUUUGGUCCUGUAGUUUCAGAGGAAGAUGUCAAAAUCAAAUAUGGUUUAAAGAUGAAUUACAGAGAUUGUACAUACAAUAAGUAAAGCUUUUUUCUAUUUAUUUUAUUCCUUAGGGUAUUUGUUCCCCCUGUCUGGUCACAACUGCCCUCGAAGCAGAGCGGUGUUGUUCUCCUUUUUAAUUUGUUUCGUUUUAUUUUGGGAAGCGGAUCAGGAGUGUGUUCUGAUGUUCUGGUACGAUGCAGACAGGGGUGGGGGCGGGCGGUAGGGAUGGGUAUUAAGGGGGUGUGCUGUGUAUACAGUGUACAGAUUAUCGCUUGCUUCUCUGCCUUUAGCAUAGAGCACCACAAAAAGUUAAAAAAAAAAACUAGACAAAAAAAACAAAACCAACAGGACAAAUUCAACACAGCCAUACAAAUACUAAAAAAACAGAAGUGUGCUUUCUAUGUUGUCUGGAGUGAAAAAUGCUUCAUACAAGCUGCUAGGUGCAAACUGUUCUGGUGUGAUGUAAACAAGCAAUAACGAUUACUUGAGAAUCUCUUGGGGUUUUUUUGUGUUUUUCUUUUUGUAAUUUUUGUACAGAUUCCUGAAUAAAAAGGACACGUUUUUUGCUCCACGUUUGGAUGCAGUAUUAAACACAGUUUUUUAUUGCAGUUUGUACCAAGAAACACUACAUCCACACACGCGUUCCUAUUAUAUUAUGCAGCAUUUGGCUGAGGGCUGGAGAGGGAUGUAGUUUGGAAUCACGGGCUCAGACACACACCCCCCCCUCCCCUGUCGACGCUCGCCCUCUCUGCCUCCAGCCAUUCUUCUAUCGCAGAGGUCAGAGUUAAGACUGCACGGUUCACCAGACCUGCUCUGACAGACACUUAGCCAUAUUUUAUGACCUCAGGCAGUAAGUUCAACUAUAAAGUGUUCAGUAAUGACAUGCUAUUCUUGUGCCCCGAUAAAAGGGGGGGGUGUUUAGUUCGACCUUCACAAGAUGGAAAGCAAGUCAUUUUCUCUAACCUCAAAAGUACAUUUUCCUCAAAAACAAAACUUUUUUAUAUGAAAUAUUUUAAACCCAGGACAGACGUGGAGCAAGCCAAAUAAUCUUCACCUUUCAAUUGGAUUUACCGCCUUUUUUUUUUUCUUUUUCUUAGUAAAAGACCUGUUGGUUCGCAUGCUUUGAGGUCCACACAAACAAGAAAUGUAUGAUGUCACUUAACAGGGUCUAAUGUAGAUACCGAAGCAUUAAACCGGAAGAGAAUCAUUCUGAAUGUAUUGUCAUUAAAGGCCUGAAAGUGUAAGAUGAUGUGUAACAGCUACUCUUCUCAGCAUUUAUGUCGAAAGUUUCCCAUUGUUGCUUCUGUUUUUCUUGAAUUGUGUUCUGUACUAAAUUUGAAGCUGUAGCAGUCAACUUUGGGACAAAGGAAGUCUGCAGUAAUCUAUAUAUAAUAUAUAUAUUUUUUUGGUUGUCACCACUGCAGACGCCCUGCGGCUGUUUGGCUGUAGGCCUCCUCCAUCACACUUUUUGAUAAAUGCUGACUUGAUUGUAAGAUACAGUCGUGCAGAGCUAGCUUUUUUGAGCCAUUUUAAAGAGUGAUUCACACAGCCCUUUGCAAAAUUUCCAAAGAUUGUCAAGAUUUUGAAAAGACUUAAAAGCCAUGUGGUAGCAAUGCAUUUUUUAGCAUUUAUAAUGAGGACAGGUGCAAAUAAGUGAUUUUUGCCCCUUACAAAUAUCCAGGCUUUGAACCCACAAAACAAAAAUAUUUUUUCUCUUAACUUAUGGUUUUGAAGAACUUUAAAUGCCCUUUUGUAUUGUCUGCCAAUUUCGUAGAGCUAAGAUGCAACCUUGAAAUGCUAAAAAAAAAAAAAAAAAAACCCUAGCAUAAUGCCUUAGAUUUCGUCCGUUCUUGUUCUUGUACAUUACACCGCUGUCUGUAUAAAUUUGUAUAAUGACUUGUGUACAAUAUUGAAUGGGUGCAUCAUUGUUCAGCUCUUCUUCGUUGCUGGAGACUCAGUCACAGUUGAUCUGUCUUUUUCUCAUCGCUCUGUUGGGUUGGAGAGUCUGUUGAUUCAUUUCCCCGUCACUGUUGAGCUAUGUAUGGACAGGAUGAUGCAUAGGGAUACUGAAGCAAUAUGUAAUAUACUAUAUGGACUUUCUAAAGAAAGCUUACUGUUGUGUUUUCCCGAGAUUCUUUUUUUUUUUUUUUUUUCUGCAUUGUUCACAGGAAUCACACUGUACACCCGCAUCGACCUUUGUACCUUUAGUGUGUGUGAGCGUUUUAUGCAAAAUUAGAUAUACAAGAGAAGUUAAAACCACAGUUAUGCAAGUUGUGAACUAAUAUGGCUUCGCUGACGCUAUUUGCCUUGUAAAUAAAGAAUUCUGUUAUUGCAA